GGGUUGAAGAUGCAGUGGCAUCCCGAGCAAAGCCAGUGGGCUGAACAGCAUUUUGACAUCUCCUCGACCACAUGCUCCCCAGCCCACAAGGCAGAGCCAUUCCGUGUAGUACCCGGCCACCUACAGUGCUCGGCCGCCUACCAGUACGCCUGGGCGAACGAUGACAUCUCGGCCCUCACCGCCUCCAACAUGCUCAAGAAAUAUGCCGAGAAAUAUUCUGGCAUCCUGGAGUUGCCCGUCUCCUAUCCCGAAGCCCCCACUGUCCCAGCGGGGUUGAGCGGUCGGAAGGGCGAAUCGGAACCUUGGCAGGAUGGUGUCUAUCCCAUGAGCUGCAUACCGGAGGGAGUUCCCGUCCGCAAGGGAGGUGUUGCAGCAGCUUCUGAGGUGGUAUCUGGUUUGUGUAGCUCUCCUGGUCUUGCCUCCAGCACGCUGAGUGAGCCCAGCUACUCCAGCAGCAGCUGUGAGAGUCACACUGCCACCACACUCCACUCAUCCUCAUUACCUUCUCAGGAAUAUGACGGCACUUACAGCGGUUCCUACUUGCACAGCAGUUACAAUUCUCAUUCUGUCCCUGCGCCCGCACAUACUUCCCCAAUGCACAGCUCCGGCCUCCUGCAACCACCUCCACCGCCAUCUCACUCUACAUUAGUCCCAGCAUACAGCGGAGGCUCGCCAAACUUGUCUGGUUAUAAUUACACCCCUGCAGGAUACCCUGCCCAGAUCCCAGUCGGACCUGGAUACAGUCCUGGAGGAGUGCCCCGACCAACCUCUUACCUCCCUUCAGGCAUUGCCGCACCAACACCCCUUCCCCCUUAUCCAUACCAUAACCAUAACUUGACCCCAAUCGCCCCAAGCCCUCUAAACAGUUGCUCCUCCAACUUGCUGAAGAGGAAAGCCUUCUACGCGACGGGCCAGGGAGAUAUUGACUCCUCUUAUGCAAGCUUUGGCUAUGACCAAAGUCGAAGCUCAAGCGAGAGCCCAAUGUACAGAGUGGCAGACAGCAGCAGCACAAACAGGAACUGUGAUAGUCCCAUAGGCAAUGGGUUUAAGAGAGGUUCCGAGAAGCCGUCUCUAUUGUUUAAUCCACAAAAGCAGUCCACGCUUCCUUCGGAGGAACAACAACAGCAGCAGCAGCAAAGAAAGUAUAGCAGCCGGGCAACUCCCAACCCACUAUCUCCAACAGCCUACGUCUCUUCCUCACUCGGGGGUGCUCGCAUGGCAGACUUUAUAUCCCCACCCGUCAGUGAGCAAAAUGCUGAAGAUCAUCGUACCCAUCACUCCCGCUCAGGUGCUCCCCGCUCACGCACUGCUGAAGAGCAACUAAAAACCUGUGACCCACACCUCUUGGGCAUGGUAACCUCUGAAAUAGUUCAGCUGGCCCCUCCCUUGGACUGGAGUGACAUUGCAGGCUUAGAACUGGCCAAAGCGACCCUGAAAGAGGAGGUUCUUUGGCCCAUUCUACGCCCUGACAUGUUCAGAAGCUUAGGAGCCACCCCGCAUUGUGUGCUGCUGUUUGGCCCGAGAGGCAGUGGCCGGACGUUGCUAGGCCGCUGUCUGGCCGUCCAGCUUGGGGCAUCAUUACUUCGGCUUAGUGGGUCUACUUUAGUCACCAAGUGGCUGACAGAUGGGAAGGAAAUUAUCAGAGCGUCCUUCCUGGUUGCUCGCUGCCGUCAACCUUCCGUACUGUUCAUUAGUGAGGUGGACAUGCUGCUUUCGGCGCAACUCACUGAAGAAAGUCCCAUUAACAGACUAAAGAGGGAGCUACUUUCUCAGCUGGACUUACUUCUAAUGGGCUCGGGUGGGGAUGGAAGACAACACGUGUUAGUGGUAUGCUCCACAAGCAGACCCCAAGACAUUGAUGAAGGGCUGCACAGCUACUUUGCUCGGCGGCUUUUUGUAUCCCUGCCCGAUAGUGCCGCCCGGCACCAGAUUGUCAGCCAGCUCCUCACCCAAUCCAAGCACAAAUACUGCAUGAGUGAGGAGGAGCUGGCACUGGUUGUCCAACGCACUGAAGGAUUCUCGGGACUUGACCUGUCCAGACUUUGCCAGGAAACGCAUGUGGGUCUGUUACACGUAUCCACACAACAGGGCGUUGAGAUGCCAGGUAUGAUUCGGCCCCUAACCUACCAGGACUUUGAGAGGGUCUUUUGUAAAUUACGUGCCAGUGUAUCGCAAAAAGAAAUGGAUAUGUACACUGAAUGGAACAAAAUGUUUGGAUCCAGACAAUGAAAGGACGUGCGCUGUGUCAAGAGGCCCUUUUAUAUACACAGACAUGUUGUGCUGCAGGGGGAAAAAAAAAAAAAAACCCAGAAAAUAAUACACAUUGGCUUUGCAGGAUUUGUCCACACGUGUGUGUAUAUAUAUGUAGUAGGGGUGUAACGGUAGGCUACCGGUACAUGAAUUUGAUUGUGCAUUUUUCACUACAAACCAUUGGGUAAAAACGGGUACAGACAUCAUGACGCAUAAACAUCAGUGGAGUAUGGAGGGGAAAAAACCCACAAAAACUAAAACGUCAUUGAAACAGCGUCUCCCGGGCACUUCACACUGAGCCAAGGCAAUAAAUGUCUGCAGAUUUUCAAGCAUAAUUCAAGUCUAAACAGUCACCCGACAUCCCUGGUUUCUCGGUAGUCACUGAGGAAAAUGAUAAAAUAAGGCCAAUGUCAGAUUUCACAACGUAGCCUGAUUUUGAGUCCACAGCCGUGUCGCAGACAAAUGUAGUGUCUCGUAGUCGAUUUUGAGUAGUCUUGACAUCAUAGCCUGUGUGCUGACAAUUCUGGGUCUUGACCCCUCAAACCAAACAAAACUCAGGAAACCUACUGUCAUCUCAAGCUCUCUCACCAAGAUAUACUCAAAGUAUGUCUGAACAGAUCACAGAAAUUACACAAUUAAAUUUCACAACUCCAGAGUUAAUAAAUCCCAAAACACCUUGCAGUUCAUCCAUCUGUAGGUAGUCGGCCCCAUGCCCAGACAGCAGGUGUCACAAGGUGCCAUAACUUGUAAGGCCAAGCUGACAACGAUGUCCAAUCAAGGAAAAGCUCUGUUGUUUUUUUCUGCAAGGUAAAUACUCUAAAAAAAAAAAAAAGGAUUUGGAAAGUUUUCACCUCCAAAAAGAUAGUCGACUCACUGACCUCAAAGAGCAUUUGCAUGUGGACUAAAUGUCAAGGCACAUAUAAAAAUAUAGUUUGGGUUGUUUUUUUAUAGUAUCUGUGUUCGUGUAGACCUAUCCAAGGUGGGUUGCAAAGCAUUGGCGGGGGUGGGGAGCCUGGCAAGCUACACAAAAGGUGACAAUGAAUGUACAGCACUUGAGAUGUUGUGGAUUGAUAAAAUAUUAUACAGAUUUUUUCCCCCUUUUUUGUCAAUAUCACAUUUUAAAGUCCAUGUAAAGUGAAAAGAGAUCUCCUACAUUUGACACACCACAGAGAAUCGCUUUAACAAUUUUCCAAAUGAAUAUUAUUUUAAAAAUGGCCAUGUACAAUAUAUUAGAUGAAGCGUCAAAACUGUGAAAAUUCAAGUUGUUGCCUCCAUUUUCGAAAUGUUGUGAAUCCGACUUGCUCAUUCAGAUACCACUGGUAAAAAAACAAACAAC